AUGGUCGGGGUACCUCGCAGCAACGGCUGCCGGACUUGUUUACAGCGACGGGUCAAGUGCGAUCUCACAGAGCCACAAUGCCUACGAUGUCAGAAGAGAGGCCAGGAUUGCCCCGGGUACGAGAAGCGAUGGAAGUUCUGCGAUGAAACAAGCUCCAAAUCCCGAAAAGCACAGAGGAGAAGCCAGGCUCCACAGGGCCAAGCCCCCUUGCAAGAGACGCAACCCCCACACCCCGGAACCCGGACCGAUCAAAUCACGACCUUUGGCGCAAGAAAAGGCACCAUAGACGAACGCGUGGAGCCUAACCUGGCAGGCGUUGCAUUAGACUUGCAGCAACGGGAGGUCUUCUGCACGUUCCUUCUGACAAGCUUUCCGGCGCAGUUUGCUUCGUGUGGCGCCCGCGUGGAGGUCAACUGGAUCGACUAUGCGCGUCGUCGGCCGAUGUCCACGACGGCAACGGUGUCCCAGGCGCUGCUCUGGGCCUUUCGUAGCGUUGCCACCUUCUUUGUGGGGAAGGUGAACAAGGACCGGGAUAAGCUCACCUGCAGUAGACACAUGUACAGUCGUGCUCUGGGGUAUCUGGCCGGUUUGAUUGUUCACCCCAAGUUCUCAAAAGAUGACGAGACAUUGGCCGCUGCGAUUUUGUUGACGAUCUAUGAGAUGGCGGACGGCACAGGCCAGGCUGCAUGGCUAUCCCAUUCGCGCGGUGUCUCAACGCUAAUCCAACUUCGUGGACCUGAUGCCCACCGUGGAGGAUUUGGGACUACGCUGCUGAAGUCAUGUCGAUCGUUCCUUGUUGCUGACGCGUUCGUCCGCGGGGAAAAGUGUUUCCUCGGCGAUCCGGAAUGGAGGGCGCUGAUGACGGAACUUGCGGAUGCGGAGAGCCAGGCGUCUACAAAGAGUGAGCUUGGUCUUAUUGUGGAUCGAGCGUUUAUUGAAGUAGCCUCUUGUCCUGCUCGCUUGGUCGAGACAAAAAGCUUGCUCACGCACGGGCUCGCACACACAUCACAUAUAGCUUCAACACGCGAGACAUUGAUAAAAGCCAUCACAAACAGCAGGCAUGUCUUGUCCGACAUGCGUUGCAAGCUGGAAAUCGGCGUCGUGAAGCGAAAGGACGAAACCAGUUUCACCGGGCCCAUUCCGUGGAAUUUUGUUGAUUCCUUUGCGCAGUCGUCUUUGCAUGGGAUGCGUUCUGGAAUUGCUCUUCUCGAUCAGCUUCUGACACUGAUCGAAGCCGAUUCCCGUCGUCGACAAUUGAACGGGCAUAUCCUUAACCUCGACUAUGCAGCAGCGUGCGCUUCCAACCCCUGGGCCGCCAUGGAACAAGAGUCAGCCUCAUGGCAGGUCCAGUUCGACCCAGAAUUCCUCCAGCGCACGUUCAAUAUUAGCCCAGAUACCCAUGACGACUGGAUGGAUCGGAUCGCCAUGUCGAUGGGGAUGCUCGGGCUUAGGCUGUGA